AUGGAAAGUCUCGCACGUCUACCACCGGGCCCACCGCGACUACCGUUUAUUGGAAAUUUACUCAACUUUCCUCAAGCACGGUGGUAUGAGACGUUUAGCUCCUGGGCAAAGGAGCAUUUAGGCGAAGGAUUCGACCAAGUGGACAAGGUACCACACGGACAAAGGUCACACGAUAAUUGGGAUCUCAUGCAUUUCGACAUACUCGGCUCCCACUUGAUUAUCAUCCACAGCUUGCAAGCUGCAAAGGACCUUAUGGAGAAGCGAGGUGCGAUUUACUCUGGUCGACCUAGAGACGUGAUGACCUAUUACGUGAUGGGGUGGAAUUGGAACUUCGGCCUCGCCCAACCAGGAAGAUUUCAUACUGAGUGUCGCACCAUCUUUAAGCGUGGAAUUGGACAGACACAAGUCGCACGACAUGAUGCAACCGUCGUGGAAGAGACUCACAGGAUGCUCGAAGAGCUGGCUAAUGUUCGAGGAGACCCAUGGGAUGUCUUCCAAGCUCGCAUUGGAGCUGUUGUGGUUCGAAUCACGUACGGUGACAGCAUCUACAAGGAGCAUGGCAAAGAAAUGUCGGCUCUCAACCACAAGAUGCUCGACCUCUUCACCUGGGUCGCGACGCAGUUUUGGCUCGUCAACUAUAUCCAGAGGCUUCGCUUCUUACCUGACUGGUUCCCUCUUCAGUUUAAGAAGGUUGGCAAAAGGGGGCUGGAGCUACAGAAACGGAUGCGCUAUUGGCCCUGGGAGCAGAUGGUAGAUCACUUUAAACGAGGUAUAGCCGGACCUAGCAUCGCACUGGAAUACCUCGAAAAGAACGAAAAUCUCGACACAGUCCGGGAUGUGUUGGGAAUGGUGUAUAGUGCUGGGGUGGAUACAACAGCAUCGACGUUUGCAAGCUUUAUCUCCCAAAUGCUACUCCACCCGCAUGUCCAGCGGAGGAUUCAAGCUGAAAUAGACGGAAACAUGGGUCCAGGCGACGCUUUCUCCUCGUUUGAACAACGGCCACAACUCCGCUAUCUUGAUGCGGCUUGGCGAGAGUCGAUGCGACUGAAUCCCGCGGCCCCCCUGGGAAUAUCGCAUGUCUCUCUAAAGGAGGACGUUUAUGAAGGAUACUAUAUCCCGAAGUUUACGGGUGUCAUCAGCAAUAUUGGAUUCAUGGGUCGUGACCCGCGUGUCUUUACCAACCCAGACUCGUACACUCCUGAAAGAUGGCUCCCAGAGCAUAACCCAGGCGCAUCAAAUCUGCCUGAUGUAUACGACAUUGUAUUCGGAUUUGGACGAAGGAUUUGUCCCGGACGAUUCCUCGCAGACAGGAUUGGCUUCACGUUUGCUGUUGCAGUGCUCAAGACGUACGAUAUUUUGCCAUUGGAAGGCGAAGAGCUACCCAGAGAGUUUCCGUAUCAAGACGCCAUCGCGCGACGCCCAGAAGGUGUCCGCUGCCGCUUCGUCCCACGAAAGCAAGUGUAG